GGAAGAUGGAGAAUUUCGACAUGGCAUCACAUCCGCAGAGGCGUCCACGUAGAGGGGCUUGCAGCACGACGCGCCGAAGUGACCCACUUCAGUCCGAACGCAGCAGCCGGCCCUCGCAACGAUGGCCAUCCAUCACUCGGCCAAUGUGGAGGACCGCCAUGACCCUCGCGCUGUCGUCCUUGCUCGUCAGCAUGCUUUCUUCCACUGUCGAUGCCUUUCUCAUGCUGCCGGCGAGGCAGCAACUGUUGUCUGUGAAAGAUCUGGGCAGCAAGUUGCCGGAGAGGCCGGGGAUUCGGUUACCACGACCACAGCAGCAUUGUCCUUUCUCCCGCUCCUCACCCAUGGGCCUUUCUGCGACUGAUGAUCGUGGGAGUGGUGCUGCUGACACCGAUCAGGCAUCGGACGUGCCGCCUUACAGGGCUUCCAUCACGCUGCUCUUCGACGGCUCCAACUUCAUGUGUCAGCAGUAUCUAUCACUGCUGUGGGCGCGGGACUAUGGCGUGUCAGCCUUGAAGCUCGUGGACAUCUCUUCGCUGACACAAGAGGAGUCAAGGCGGCUGGAGAGCGAGCUGGUAAACCGCGGCUUCAACCAGCUGACCAUCGGCAACUGCAGGUGUCGCGUGCAUGCCAUUCUGCCCGACGGCCGCCUUCUGCAGGACGUCCAGAACGACCCCCAGACCCUGCUGUUUGAGUACAACUAUCUGCGUAGCGCCAUCAGCAGCCGCACCGGCCCGCAGCAGAGGCUUCUCGACUCGGCCGUCCAAAUAGAGGUCGCGAGGAGGCGGGCGACCAGGAAGGGCGACUGGUGGAUCGACCAAGAGGUGGCAAAGACGGCGGCCAAGCAGCUGGAGAAGGAUGGGUUUGUCGUGGUGGAGCGGUUCCUGGAGGCCUUCCAGUGCGAGUCGGUGCUGAAGGAGGUCGAAGGGCUGGUGAGGGAAGACACCGGGCUGGGCAAGGAGCUGAGGAGGGACGGCGUCAAGGUGCCUUUGCUUGAGAAGAACGUGACUUUUGAGGAGUACAAUUCCCAAACCGUCGAUGGACUCAGCCGGGCGCUGGGCACGACGUCCGGUAAGUGCGCCAACUAACUAGUUAGCCGAGGAAUCUUCUGACUUUCUGUCUGCGGGUGUGUGUCCUUCUUGCUGUGAGCAGGUGUGGUGGACCAGGUGGACGGAUUGAUGAGGGCCGUGGCGCCCCACCUCUCGGCGGUGGCUGCAAACCCUUCACAAAUGAGAAGGCAAGGCCGCACAUUGCACCGGGCACUGUUGCUCUGACACCCACAGCUCAGCUCCUCCAUGAAUGUGUGUCUGUCUGUAUGUGCAGGAUCGGCGACGCGGUCCUUUUCUGCCGCGACCAGGAUGGAGCGUCAGCACUGAGCGAGCCGUCACAACGUGACCCACCAUCUGCCCUGCAGGAGGGCGCCAAGAGGUUCUAUGCGGCGCUGUUCGUCAACACAGACUGGAGCCCCAGCGGUGAGCACACAAGCUACCAUUGGAGGCGAUGCGAACUGCUCGUUCAUGAGGUGCUUUCUGUCCUGCUCAGUUGGCGGGGGCCUUCGUCUGUCGGCGCCGUCGGAGUCCUCGCCGUCCCCUGUGCCAGUGCUGGAGGCAACGCCGCUCGGGGGCCGUCUGAUCCUGUUCGACGCACAGAGAUACAUGCCCGAAGUAAACAGACUGAUUCAUGACAGGACGCAUUUGCCAUGACGACUGGCAAUGUCGAUCGAUUGCGUCACUUCCCCCUCUGCAGCUACCAGCCUGCUUCGCGACCAGCUACGAGGUCCAGUUUGAGUACCAGCUCACGCCAGUGACUGCCUCUGACCAGCCCCCCUCGCCGCCCAUCCCCACCGAGCCCUUUCCCCUCCCCGACGACACCGAGAGGCAACUCGCAGCCACCAUCAGCAGGCUCGAGGCACAAUCGGGUGCAACCAACAGCAACGGCCCGCCACAGCUACUAUCUGCCUCCGCAAUGGAAGCAGCCUCGUUCUCUCGGCCGUCUGCAUGGCAUAGGGAAAGGGAGAGGGACGGCCGGUUCUCGUUGAGGCGGCUGGCUUGGGGCAUGGACGAGUGGCGUCAGAACGAGUUGGGGGGGAGGGGUGGGCGGGAUGGGUGUGGGUAUGGGUUGACGGCGCUUGCGGCGGUGAGGGACUCAACGAAUCUGGUUGAGAGUGUCGGCCGCGAGUAUGUGGAUCCCUCUGAAUAUGACCAAGCCAUCGAAGCCCUCAGCGACGAGGUGAGGGAGGUGUGCGCACAUUGGCAGGCAGGUCAGACAGCAAGAAUCCAUGUGAUGACACGUGAGUGUGUGUGCGUGUUCAGGAGUUGAUGCGGCUGAUCGAGAAUGGUCACUUUGGCGCCAUUCCAGGGCUUAAAGAGGAGAUGGACAAACUCAGCGUGAGUGGCCACCACCACCGCCGCACACACAGCCACCAGCCCAGCAUCUCUCCUGUGCGUCUGUAGGGCUCUGAGGAGUGGAAGGCUCUCGAGCCAGAAGGCCCUGCCCCCGACACAGAGACCCCCGAAGAGAUACAGAAACGCCUGGACGCACUCCUCCAGCAAGAGCAGGAGCAGGCUCACGCGCGGCAGGAGUCGGACGAGCGGCUGAUGCGACAGAGGGGGCUGGAUGUGGCCAAGGCAGCAGCGCUGGACCCCAACUACCUGGCCGACCUGGCAGAUGUGGACCCCAUCGAUUUUGACGACGGCGAGGACGAGGGCGAGGGCGAGGGUGACGGCGAGAAUGCGACGCCUGAGGAGAGGCUCGAGAGGAAGGACCGUGUGCGGGAGACUGAGCGCAGGAGGGCCAAAAAGUUCCUGCAGAAGCUCUAUGAGGUGACCUGAUCAGGGAGAGAAAGGAGAGGUGACCGACAGGGCACCGAGGAAGGCAUGCGUGUGUGUGUGUGUGUGUGUGUGUCAGGACAUGAAUCUGAAGGCCGGUGAUGUGCACGAGGAGCCCUUCACCCUCCCAGAUGGAUCCACUGACGUGUAAGCGCUGCCACACCGAUGGCAUCCAUACGCUUUCCACCCAUGACGUGCCUUUGAUCUGUGUUGUGUGGCCCAUGCAGGUAUUCAUGGCGUGAGACGCCAGAGGAGCUGGAGGUCUGGGUGCCGACGCCAGAUGGGCUGGGCAAGAGGGGCGUGGUCUUCGGCUCCACGCCAUCGUCGAUCAGCAUUGGGUUUAGGUCACCUGCCGACACACACGUCGCCACCGUCCUCGACGGAGAGGUCAGCAUCUGGACGGAUGGAUGGAUGGAUCACUGUACAGUCCGCCCAUAUCUGUCUGUGUCCGGUGCGUGUGUGUGUAGCUUGAGGGCCGGAUAAUGUCUGACGAAACCUACUGGACCAUCGACACCGACGACAGGUCGCAGAGGCAGAUGCUCCACGUAAGAAACAAGACAAAGGAAAACACAUCCGUCAAAAGAAGAGGCUACGCUGCCGGUGGUAUAACAUCAUGCACAUUUGGCGUUCCUGUGCGUCUGCUAAUCUGUGUCAGGUGACGUGUCCCAAGCGGAGGAACAAGGAGUCUCAGUCGAUGUGGGGCCGCAUCUUUCGAUCAACUCAGGAACAAGAGGCGACAUAGCCAGAGAGAGAGGCGGGGAGAGGGGACGGACGGGUGGAUGAGCGUGUGUGGCAGGCACAAAGUACAGCUGCAUUCAAUCUUCCUUCUAGGAUUGGGACUUGAUUGAUGCGACUACAGCAUUUGAAUGCGAGUCUGAGCGGG